CUUGAAAGGGGGGGUGAAAAAAGGAGAAGAAAUCAAAUUUCUUGAUUUCCUCUGGUGUCCAACAACAACAUCCCCUUCCUGUCGUCUUAUACGCACCACAUCUUAUAUUGACCUCUUGUACGACACAGUUGUGUAACAGCUCGGCAAUGGAGGAAACCGAGUCAACUGUAGUGGAGAGACCAACAGGAGAAAAUGAGAAUCAGAAGUUAGACGAGACCCUGUUGUUGUCCAGCAAACCUCUGCACCGUUUUGUCCGAAAACAACCCAGAAGCUUUGGGAUUGUGAUUCUGAUGUUUGGUUGCGCUGAGGUUGUGAUGGGAUUUGUGAUGGCUGGUAAUGACUCGGAUACCUCAUUCAGAAUAUAUAUUCCCUUCUGGCAAGGAACUCUGUUCAUUACAUGUGGAGUCCUAUCUAUCUACACUGAGUUACGUCCAUCCAAGAAGAUGGUGACCUCAUGCCUGGCCAUGUAUGUGGUCUCUCUGUUGGGCAUUAUUUUCACCAUAUCACAAAGGAUACCCUUAAUCGCUUCCUACACGUGGCGUAUUUGGCAUUACGGCAACCAUCUGGUGCCAUUUAUUUCGGUGGAAGGAAUCUUGCUUGCAUCUUCUCUGCUUGUAUCAGCAUUUCUUAUCUUCUUGAGCGCCAUCGCAGGUUACGCAUUACGAUCUACGAGAAGUCAGAUUAUUGUCCAGCACUUUGUGAUGCAUCCCCAGAGUGAAGAAAAAUCGAACUAGGACCAACGUUCUCCAGUACCAUCCUAUGCACUCACAUAACACUGUUUUGUUCACUUCAGGUGUUUUUUAACAAUUAUGUCAUAUACUGUAUAUGUUUAUACGAACAGCCAUAUUUUGGUAGGUUUGCAGUUGCUUUCUUUCCAUUUUCAGGAAUAUUGUUUCAUUCUCUAAAACCUCCUGAGGUCUUAACAGAAAAUCUGUAUUUGCGCUGAGUUUAAAUUAUAUGAAGGUGGACUCGUUAAAAAUUUGGUGAUUUUUAAAGAAAUCUUUAGGAUUUUACUGAAGUUUCGAAGGCCAGGUAUCUUCCACGUUAUAAUUAUGCAUUGCAUUGUUGUGUUGAUAUAUCACAAA